AUGUGUUUGUGUUUUGCGGAUGAAGAGGUUCUCCCAGUCGUGAUCACCACUUGGGGAAGUGACGGAUUUGCAAAAGCCACAAAGAAAGGUUCGUUCACUGUCACGUACAUUUAGAGAUAAAAUAAAACCAUUUCUAGCGUUGGAUGCUACUCUGGCAGGUGGUCGAAUGUACGGACUGGUAGAAGGAUUGUCAACCUGUGAGGCUCUCCAAUGCGAUACGACGGUUGGAUUCGGCGGAUCACCAGAUGAAAAUGGCGAAACCUGUUUGGAUUCGAUGGUUUUUGACGCGUAAACUCUAUGCUUACAAUUUCUAGUUUUAUCCUCAUUUCAAUUCAGCGAAGGGAUGCGUGUGGGCGCGGUGGCCAACUUGCACAGAAUUCGUGACGCCGCAAAAGUUGCCUGGGGGGUCAUGAACUUCACGAAGCAUACAUUAGUGGUCGGGGAAUCGGCGACACUGUUUGCCAAGUCGAUCGGCUUCAAAGAGCAAGAGCUGGCAACUAACGAGACGAAACUGUGGAUUGAUCAGUGGAAACUUGCAAAGUGUCAGCCUAACUUUUGGAAGGUUUUUUCAAACAUGAUAACUUGAAAUCAAACAAAAUCAAAAAGUUCAGAAUGUCGUUCCGGACCCGUCCACUUCCUGCGGACCUUACGAGCCAAAGCUUGCAAUGCGACCUAAUAACUACUUCUCGAAUCAAGUCGGGUACCAAAUAGAAAAGUCAGUUUUUGCGACUAAAAUCAUGCUUGUAUUCAAUGUUUAGAGAUAAUCAUGACACAAUCGGUAUGGUUGUUUUCGAUUUGGAAAAAAAGUUCAGUGCUGGAACAUCUUCGAAUGGAGCUCGAUUCAAGGUUGGUCCAAACUUGCAAAUCGGAAAUACAAAACUUUUUUUUCAGAUUCCCGGUCGAGUAGGAGACAGUCCGAUUCCUGGUGCUGGAGCCUAUGCGAACUCUUUCGGUGGUGCUGCCGCAACUGGUGAUGGUGACGUCAUGAUGAGGUUUCUGCCAAGUUUCUUCACUGUCUUGCAAAUGGAAACUGGAACAAAGCCAGCGAAAGCCACCCAUAAGGCUAUUCAAAGAAUUUUGGAUGUUUUCCCAAAGUUCUCAGGUGCGUACCCUCAUUUUGAUCCGCUCGACCUCUAAAUUCUUUCUCAGGAGCUAUUGUCGCAAUGGAUUCCCAUGGCCAUACCGGAGUAGCAUGUGCGAAUAUCAAGAAUUUCGGAUAUAAUGUGGCCUAUCGGAAUGGAACUGUGGUCACCCACAAGACUCCGUGCCUCGCAAAGAGUUCAAAGCUGGAGAAGCCGAUUAAAUUUGCAUGA